CGCGUGGCGAGGGGCUUUGACCAGACGACAGCAGUUGUCACUCACCGCUACACUUCUUCAACCUUAGUGACUCCCAGCGCCAUAUAAGGAGGUGUAACCAUAGAAACUUAGCAGUUUGAAGGGAGAAGUCAGAGUUCAGUGAGCCUUAGUACUGUCAGACGGUAAAACACGCUCCAAAACAGUUUGAGCUGAUUCCUACGCGCACAACACUGCUUCGCACUGAUUGAGUAUAUAGAUUGAGAAGAGUGGGACACUAAAGACAGAGGGCUAAUGACAGUAGAACAGCAUCAUCUAGGAUUAAAAAAGAACGGAUGAAAGCUCGAGGACUUUGUGCUAUUUCAUAAUUUGAACUUGUUAUACGGGCCAGAUGACACUCGUGUAGAGAUAUAGAUACUGUGACUAAAAGUGUACCUUCCUCGUCGUUAUAUACACUACUAUGGCUAUGACUCCUACACAGCCUACAGUUACUCCUUGGAGAGACCCUAAUGAUGACUUAGGGGGUACGACACCAACAGCGGUGCAACCUCCACCGUUACCUCCACCUCUCCCACCGGCUGUCACACCUACGCAGACCCAGAUACCAACAGUAAAUACCCCUACCCCACAACAAAACGGAACGUCGCCGAACUCGGAGACAAAUAACAAUAACAAACAACACAUAGAAUGUGUCGUGUGUGGAGAUAAAAGUUCUGGAAAGCAUUACGGACAAUAUACAUGUGAAGGGUGUAAAAGUUUCUUUAAGAGAUCCGUGCGACGGAAUUUGACGUAUACAUGUAGAGGCAACCGAACCUGUCCAAUAGAUCAACAUCACAGGAAUCAGUGCCAGUACUGUCGUCUGAAGAAAUGUCUGAAGGCGGGGAUGAGACGGGAAGGUAGGUGGGAUACAGCUGUUCAAAGAGGACGGAUUCCACCAAGUCAGCACCCUUUUGCUGGACAGAUGGGCUUCCCAAAUGGCGAUCCUCUAAGUGGUCAUACCUAUCUAUCAAGCUUUAUAUCAAUGUUAUUAAGGGCUGAACCUUAUCCUACAUCAAGAUAUGGACAGUGUAUGCAGCCAAAUAAUAUCAUGGGUAUUGAGAAUAUAUGCGAAUUGGCCGCAAGGUUAUUAUUCAGCGCCGUAGAAUGGGCACGUAACGUCCCCUUCUUCCCGGACUUACAAGUAACCGAUCAAGUGGCACUUCUCCGACUCAGUUGGAGCGAACUUUUUGUUUUAAACGCUGCCCAGAGUGCAAUGCCCUUACAUGUUGCACCACUUUUGGCCGCAGCCGGACUCCACGCAUCGCCGAUGGCGGCGGACCGAGUGGUAGCCUUUAUGGACCAUAUACGCAUAUUUCAAGAACAAGUAGAGAAACUUAAGCAGCUUCAUGUUGAUACCGCUGAAUACAGUUGUUUAAAGGCAAUAGUUCUGUUCAGUUCAGAUGCCUGUGGUCUAUCAGACAAUAACCAUGUUGAAAGUAUUCAAGAGAAAUCUCAGUGUGCUCUGGAGGAAUAUGUACGGAGCCAAUAUCCUAACCAACCAACACGAUUUGGUAAACUGCUGCUACGACUUCCAUCUCUACGGACCGUCAGCGCCCAAGUUAUAGAACAACUGUUUUUCGUGCGACUGGUUGGUAAAACGCCCAUAGAGACUCUAAUUCGUGACAUGCUUUUGAGUGGUGGAUCUUUCAACUGGCCCUACAUGACUAUCCAAUGAAGCCAGGCUGAUGUCUCUGGAUAUUCCAGGAACUGGAACCAUUUUCCAGUCGGGGCCUAUUAUUGAUUUACAUUAUACGAUAAGCCCAAAAAAGGAAUUAUUUUCCGAGAUAGUAGAAAAGCUACUCAGUGUGGCCAACCCGUUGGCUGUCUUCAGUUCCCUUUAAAAGGUUUUGGUCAAGGUGAAGGCCAUCGUAUUAUAUAGACUCUUAUUACAUUCGAAAAGACAUUGAAAGAAGUGUAAAAUAUAUAAAUAUAUAUAAAUAUAUAUAUACCAAUAAAUAAUAAGGGCAGCUGUAAGAAUUAACAAUAGUGUUUGUAUAAUCGCCCUUUUAUCUCUAGUGUAUUAUUAUUAUUAUCUUAUUAUUAUUAUUAUUAUAUGAAUUAACUCGACAUACACCUGAACUGUAGAAACCAAGUUUCACAGAGAUUCAGGUACGGUAGCAUUUUAUGUGUCGUAUUUGACCCAUGGUUCUAAACCUAUUAAAGUAAGUAAGACCUGGUUAGCAGUUCUUGUACCGCGUCAAAUGACAUUAUCAUUAUCAUCAUACCCACCAUAAGACUAGAUCUUGUGGAACUGAUACAUCGUCAGAAUCUGUGCACUGAAAUCAAUGACGUCAUAAUUCACAUUUUUAGUUUACUACCAUUAAGUCAUAAUUUAUCGCAUAUAUACCAAGUAAGCUUUUAGUCGCCUAUAUUUUAACUUUUAUCACUUUAAAUCAUAAUUCAUCAUAUUUUUGAUAGUGAUUACAAUUUCUGAUUUAUCCUCUAAAUAAAAAAAAGAGCAUAAUCAUAGAAAUGGUCUCAAACCACUUAUUCUAAUAACUUCUGAUCUAAUAAUCCGUGAAAAUGCUCGAAGCAUAAUUUUCGUUUUCUUAUUGCAUAAUAAUGUCAUCUUGUCAAGAACAGAUUUUAUGUUGUAGUGAAAACCAUGAUUGUCAAAAUCUAAAAUUCACCCAUAGCUCUUCGUUUAAUAUUUUUUGUUAUUAUUUUAUGUAAUUUAAUCAAUUUCAUGUAACAUUUUUCUCAUUUUGAUAUCUUUAUUGCUGGGUUUUGAUUUAUUUAAUAAAUUUCCCCAAAUAUUCCUUUCAGAUAGAAACAACAUGUGUUAUAGUAGGUGUCACAUCAUACAUUAACACAUAAAUCUUUAAUAGCGAAUAUAAUAACCAGGUUAUAAUAAUUAUAAUAAGAAAGGUCUCACAGUCUGUCGAUGUAUCACUUUCAUUUGAAAUUUAUCAAGGAAUUCCUUAUUCCUAUCACCCCCCCCCCCCAUUGUUGGUGACUGUAGACUAUGUACCAUGUAGUUUUCAAGUGACUGUGUGUAUAUUUUAGUGUGUUUGUGUAUUGUGUAUCCGAAUGUUAGUGUCGUUGGUUUCAUUGUCAUGCCAACUGGUUCAAAACCAUCUUCAUCAUUUAUCUCUAAAAUCAUACAUUAUUAAUAAUAUUUCACGUUCCUUAUGAUAGUAUCAUCAUGUCAGAUCUUUGAAUUCACAGGAAACCAACUUUAAAUGGUUUUUUUUUGUUUAUUUAUUUAUAUUGUUUUCUAUUUAGUGCUAAUUGUGGUGUCGUAUUUCAGGAUUUCUGAAUACUUCAUUGGUGCAUUGUUUAUAAGUAAUAAUUUUAGAACAAUUUAAUAAAAAAAACCAUGGGGCUUUUCUUACAUUUUUGUUUAAUUUUCGCCUGAAGUGCUUGAGUUAAAUUUUUUUAUAUUAAUUUUCGAUUAAUUUCCCAAAGGCUUCUUCGUCUCACUACAAAAUUUCCCAUCAUGACAUCUAAGCCUGUGAAUUUGAAUUUCUUCGUAUAGGUAUAGUGCUAAGCUAAGAUUUUUUUUGAUAAUUGUGUACAUGAUGUGUGUUAAGCAUGAUGAAGUGAGUGCAUGUGAUAGAAUAAUAUUAAAUGAUGUCACCCUAUACUCCAUUAUUACUGCUUUUGCCAAAACAGGUCUGUGUUUAUCCAGCAGACUUUAAUAUAUAAACGUAUAUUUAAUACUAAACGUGUAUGAUAUUCAAAACGGUGGUUAUUUAUGCCCGAAUGGUGAACAUUACAUUACGUUAAGCUUGAGUUACUGUAUUCUUCAAAAGAUAGCCUGGAUAGUUUAUAAUCUAAUUAACAGUGAUUCAGACAUUUUUACAGUAAAAUAAAGUUUAAAUCUAAUUUCGAUUAAAACCGAACACAAUUUUAAGAAUUUGACAUUUAGAUUCAAUUAUUUAUAGAAAAUGCAAAUAAUGUAUUCAACUUUGUAAUGAAAUUAAUUCUUCGGGUACCAGUGCCUCUGUCACAUUACGAUGAUCUAAAUAGAAUCUAUUAUACCAUCUUGACUCUUUUUUUAUUAUAGGGCAAAAAACAUGUUGCAUGUUUUGAUUAAUUUUUCAAAUACAAAGGGCAUAAACUCUGUCAUCAUUGAAUAUUAAAUAAACCUUAUUAUAUUCUAUAUAUAAACAUCCAGGCUUUAUCUUCUAAUGGCCAAAGAUAUAAAUAUAAAUACAUGUAUAUUAUAAAUAGUUUGGUUAAUACGUAAUCUGUAUGUGUGUAUUCACGAGAUAGAAUUUUUCUCCAUUAUAAUUGUUGUGUUAAAAGAUUUUUUUUUUGUUUUGUUUAUUAUUGAAGUAUUGAAAUUGUGUUGUCAAUUUUUUUUAUAAAAAAAAUUAGAAUUGUGUCCAAGACACCCUUUGUUUAUAAAACAAACGCUCUGUUUGGCUUUAAUUUAAUUAAAUCCAUUAGAAGAUAGCUCUUCAGUCUUUAGCUUUAUAUUUCUUUUGUAGUUUAUUUAAUAAAUUUCCAGAAAUUCUAAUGUCAUCCUUGAAACGUAAUGAUUCUCACUUAAAAUUUAUUUUGUGGGUUGUGAUUGAUAAUUUUGCAAUAUUCAGAGAAUAAAUCAAACUUUUACUCCACAAUUUAAAAAAGGGAAGAAAACAAAGAAUUUAUCUUAACAAAAGUUCAAUAUUUUCUCCUUUAUACACCCACCCUCCCCCCACUCAAUUUUUAAAAUAUAAAUACAAAAAUGAAGAUAGUGGUCAAAUUUUGGUGCCUAAAAUAGCAAUGGCUUAAAUAGCUUCUAUUCUAAACAGAUACUCCCUUCUUAACUAGUCUCAAUAUGAACCGGUGAAUCAUAUUCAGCAUUCCACACGAGGUAACUAUUUCAGACAAUUCGAAUAUUUAAACAUAAUCCCAAAAAUUCAAAUAUUUCUAAGGGUGAACCCAAAUCUUAUUCUUUCAUUAGAAUUUGUGAAAUACCAAAGGCGCCAAUAUCAAUAAAAUAGUGAUAUCCAUUCAUGAUUAAUUUUAAUAACUAAUUAGAUUAUAUUAUAAUAAAAGAAAAUGAUUGUAAGAUUUAUGUUAAAUUAAGAAGUUUAGUUUCUAGUCAACGAAAUAUACCGAAGAAGAGACCGAAAACUUCCGUAAUAUGGCGAUUAUGGUGGUGACGUCACAUCGAUGUAGUUGUUGAAUAUUAUAAAUAUAUGAAUUGUCUAUACUCUUACCUACUUUUACUGUACAACUGUUUUCAUGUGUUAGACGUAACAUGCUCAAAUAUUAUAUAUUUCCUUUCCUUUUUUAGAGCUGUGUAAUUUGAUUAUGACUAUCAAUAGAAUUAUUAAUAAUGUGACAAAUUGUCAAUAAAUUUUUAAAAAGUUCA